AUGAGUGCUCUUCCUAUCGAGGGUAAGGACAAGGCCUUGCCUCAGCUAUUUGUCAACGAUGGCCCGUUGGCACCAGAGCGUGUAGCCCGUCUCAAACCAUCCUCGCCAGACGAACCCGUCGAGGACCUCCGGGCUCGUCUGCACAGCGAUGGGUACCUGUUCCUCAAGCAGCUUAUGCCCCGAGCUGAUGUGCUGAAGGCGCGAGAGGAGUAUUUCAAGUUCCUAUCUCCCAGCGGCGUCCUUAAGCCAGGUUCCGCGCCUGUCAAUGGCAUCUAUGAUAGCUCAAAGGACACCUCUGCCUUUCCCGGUAUUGGCGCCGGCUCAACUGGAGAGAACUCGCGCCCCAGCGCGGAACAGGCCCAGCUCUUUGUCGAUCUGGCAAUCCAGGCUCAUCGCGAGGACUGGUACGCAGAGACAUUUUGCCGGAACACGGUCCUAUCAGCGUUCAUCGCCCGGCUGACAGGAUGGGGCGACAAAACGUUGCUCCUCCGGCGUAGUCUGCUGCGUAAUAACAUCCCCGGUACAAAGGCCAUCGGUGUACACUACGAUCAGAUCUUCCUGCGCUGGGGCGACCUCUCGAACCUGACGGCAUGGUGCCCGAUGGGGGACAUCAGCAUCGAUGGUGGGGGGUUGAUCUACCUGGAGAGCAGCCAGGAGCUGGCCGAGCAGUUUGAAAAUGACUUCUCCGAGAGAGCCAAAGAGAGCAGAUUCUCGGAGACGGACAGCAAGAAUGCGUUCAACAGCAACAUGCUAUCCAACGGGCUGCUGUCGAACGAUCCAGCCAAAUUUGGGCAAAGGCAUGGGAAGCGGUGGCUGGCGUCGGACUACGAGGCUGGAGAUGUGGUGUUGCAUUUGCCUUACAUGAUUCAUGCAUCGACAAUCAAUUACAGCCCGGAAGAUGUGAUCAGACUGGCAACUGACAUUCGAUUCUGCGACAGUUCCAGGCCCUAUGAUAAGAGAUGGUGUAACUUUUUUGACGUGAAUGACGGUGUAUGA